UUGUUCGGAAAGCCGUGUAGUCGAGUUUAUUGUUUGGAAGGCUAAAUUUCUUACAGACACUGUAGAUUUACCUACGUCGAAAAACUCAAUACUAUAUUCAUCAAUUUACAAGCACUAGAAAAUUAGCAAUAAUGUCCAAUAUCGUGCUAUCUGCACACCUGUACUUACUGCUUGGAGUGAUUCAUGGCAUUGCCAGUGUAAGCAGCUCUACGGCUACCGUCGUCGAAACUUGCCAAACUUCAGACUUUUUUUCUCAGUACUUUUUAAAUACGAUUCUGAAACCAAACCCAAUCAAAUUUCGCUGUCAGUUCAACUGGACAAACAGAGAUGAAAUGGUCAAGAAAGUAGACAAUAGAAUCACGAAAAGGAACAAACUAUUUUUGCGUUUCAAAGUUCCCAUAUUUCAUCACGAUCAUGCGUCGAGAACCUGGAAUAAAGCAAAGAACGAGUUUGAGACGUGGGUGUGGGUCGCAACAACACAUGACUACAUGCUUUAUUUCCCGCACAAUUUCAACGUGUUAUCGCUUGGAACCAUGGGAAUAAUCACGAACGAUUUCUGGGAGCCUGACGGCGAAGGAGAUCUUCUUGGUACCUGGGACGACGACUGUGUUAAACUUGAAAUAGGAACGCGACGUUUUCCACUUACCAAGGACGAUAUGUUAAGUUUCAUGUCCGAUGUCACCAAGGGCAAAAUUGAGUGGGACUACAUCUGUCGACAGCUUGACUAUGACGUUACCGACAUAUUACUCAAUCCUAAUUCCGCGAUACCAGAUUUAUUUUACUACUGGAGAUUCUUAAGGCAGUUUUUUUCCAGAAGGCCUUAUUUUGGUAAAAGACUCGCUGAGGAUGAUUUUGUUCAUUACAACUGCUACAACAAGAAUAAAGCUGGUGAAUUAGAUAAGAAGGAAUUGUUAAGGAGUUACUUCGUGAUCUCCAUCUUGGCCAUUAUACUGUGGUUCUAUUCUCCCUUGCUUAUUCAUUACUUUCCGAGUUCAAAUCCAGCCGACUCUAUGUAUCCCCCUAAUUUAUUGCCCGAGAAUUUUCACCCCACCUACAGAAGCCCAGUUCAUUUUAUGAAGUUUGUGAGGUGCAUAUUUUGUUUCUACAUGAAGAAGAAUAAAGCUAUGUUGCGAAUCCGUCGUGUAAUGUUUUUCCUUUGUUCGUUCGUAAUGUUGUUCCGGUUCUAUUAUACACCUCAUUGGAUUUUCGUAGGCGCAUUCGUAAUUGUGAUCCUCGUUUCGGCUUCAAUUCCAGAGGUUUGGAGCGCCAGCCUCAAAAACUCACAACCUACAAAGUUCCUUGACUUGUGGGAUUAUCCAGAAGAUGUCUUUCGUAAGAACACUAGAGAGAAAGAAUACCAAUUACUAGCCCAUUGCAUGAAAGAACGGGUCUUUCUCGUAGUAAAUCUAAACUUCUGGAAAAUGUUGUAUUCUGAGAGUUUCAAGUUACCGCUUUUCUCUUGUACUUGGGCAGAGCUAGCGUCUGACUUUCCUGUCGGUACUCUGAAGCUGAUUGUUUGUGUGUUUGCUUGCACAGUCACAUUUAUUGGUAUGUCUUUGCUUACUCUCAUUUAUCACCUCGUUCCAGCAUUUUAUUUCUACAUAAAAAUAUUCUUUGCUAUCUUUGAUGCAACGAAGGUAGCCCUUUCUACAAAUUCAUACAUUAUCAACUUCAAGUUAACACAUGUCUUGAGUUUUCUAUGCAGUGUAUUUCUUGUUGUAUACAUCAUGAUUACCACCAUUUUUUGCUCUUAUUUCAUUGCUGAGGUAACUAUGUUUACCUACAUCGGCGCAGUGCUAGAUCCAUCCAUGGCAUUCGUAUACGUAUCUUUAGUUGGCGCCAUAUUACUGGUUCUACACAAUCUCUUUAAAGACCUAAGGGAAAGGUAUGAGAAACUGCGCGAUCAAAUUGUAGAUAUACUAAAAGGAGAGGAUCACUUGCGACAUGUGCGUAAAGAGUGUGGAAUAACCCAUCCAGACAUACUUCAGCGAAGAGUUGAAUCUGAUGGUGAAUUAAAAAUAUUUCUCAAUGUGGGUCCGAAUGCUCCAAAAGUUAUUCUUUACCAGGACCACUUUGCAACCUACUUGUCUAGACCUCUGCUCGAUUUCUGCAUCGAACAAUACAAUCCCGUCAUGAGACAGAUAUUUUUCAUUGUGGUCAAGGUGCUUGUAAUGACGUUCUACGUUUCCAUUGCAUUGUGGAUAAAAAAUGUUUUCCACAAAGAGAAGGAGAUGAGAAAUAUUUUCGGGGUAGCACAAAACAUCGCCAUGUAUUUCGUUCCGAAUCUCCUUCAGUUUCUCGCUCACCAGAGACAUCAGGGUAAAAAAGACGAUGUUGCUAUUCACCGUUGUGUGCACAAAGCAGUGGCUCUUUACAUUAAGAAAGAACAUGAAAUGGCUUUAAGAAACAUUGUUUUGCGACCUAUUCCAAUGCGCUUGCGCAGCAGUACGCGCUGAAAGCAGCAGUAUGCAAUCAUCACGGCUUUAACUAGAAAUACAGGAUAUCAAAAUUAGUGAGGUUGUGAGUAUCAUAGAUUAAUCAAUCUGUGAAGCCCAGUAGCAAAAUUAAGUACAGUAAUUCCAUAUAUAUUCAAGAUUAAUUUCUACGACAUAAUAUUGAUUAUUGCUACGUCUUUAACUAUAAUUUCAGAAAGACCUUUGCAAAUGAAAAACAAUUUUGAGCCAAUACAGUAUUUAUUUUUUGUUUAAAGUGGAUACAAGCAGUUAGAUAAACAUACGGUAACAAUAAAAACUGGAUUACAUAGUCCCCUGCUAAAAAA